UUUCUUGACUUUCUUCUUCUCCAAGAUGAAGAGACUCUAAGAAAAGCUUCGAUGCUGGGAUUUUAUGGAAAGGUUUAUGGUGUAACGAACUGAUCAACUUGUUAGGGCAAGAAAUCUUGAGGAUUGUUGAAGUGCAGCAGACAUGAGGCACCUUCUGAGAAAAAUUGCGGUUCGCGAUAGGAAAUCAAUCGUGGGAGUUGUUGCUGGGGCGGUUGCAGGGUCUGUACUGGUAAAUUGCGCGACUAGUGAUGCCGAUUCAAAAGCCUCUCAUCUGAAGCUUUCGAUUCCUAAGCCACUACAAGACUCCUUGACUUGGAAAUGGAGUAAUAUACAAGACAAAGACCUUUAUCCUGCAUAUCUGUUCUUGGGGGCUUCACAACCUAGUAGAUUUCCAUUUUUUGUUUCUAGAACAAGUGCAGACCCAUCAUCAUCAUCUGAUAUAAGCAAAGAAACUUCUUCAGUGGCUGGUGGUGGUCCCAAACACUCCUGUAAUUGUCUUGGCCGAGAUACUAUUGCCAAUGCAGCUGCAAGUGUUGGUCCUGCUGUUGUCAAUUUGUCAGUUCCAAAGGGGUUUUAUGGAUUGAAUGUUGGAAAGAGUAUAGGAUCUGGUACUAUCAUACAUGCAGAUGGCACAAUUUUAACUUGUGCACAUUUAGUGGUUGAUUUUCAAGGGUUGAGCCCCUCUUCAAAAGGGAAGAUUGAUGUGACAUUACAAGAUGGUCGCUCUUUUGAGGGUAUAGUGGAGAAUGCUGAUUUACAUUCUGAUAUUGCAAUUGUAAAGAUAAAAUCCGAAACUCCACUUCCAUGUGCAAAACUUGGUAGCUCAACUAAACUUCGUCCUGGAGAUUGGGUGAUAGCCAUGGGUUGUCCCCUUUCACUACAAAAUACUAUUACAGCAGGCAUUGUAAGUUGUGUUGAUCGUAAAAGUAGUGACUUGGGUCUUGGAGGUAUGAGGAGGGAGUAUUUACAAACUGACUGCGCUAUUAAUGCGGGAAAUUCAGGGGGACCUCUCGUAAAUGUUGAUGGAGAAGUAGUUGGUGUUAAUAUUAUGAAAGUAUUGGCAGCUGAUGGUUUGGGAUUCUCUGUGCCAAUUGAUUCAGUUUCCAAGAUUAUUGAGCACUUCAAAAAAAAUGGGCGCGUUGUUAGACCUUGGUUGGGUUUAAAAAUGCUUGAUCUCAAUGAUAUGAUUGUUGCACAGCUUAAGGAAAAAGAUUAUAGAUUCCCAAAUGUCAACCAAGGUGUUCUUGUACCCAUGGUGAUUCCAGAUUCCCCGGCUGAGCACGCUGGAUUUCAUCCAGGUGAUGUUGUGAUAGAGUUUGAUGGAAAACUUGUUGGGAGCAUUAAGGAGAUUGUUGAUAUCAUGGGUGAUAGGAUUGGACAACCACUGAAAGUAGUUGUGAAGAGAAGGCAUAAUGUUCGUGUAACCUUGACUGUGAUUCCAGUAGAAGCGAAUCCACAUAUGUGAGGAAUUACUGCUUUCUCAACUUCCCAUGGCUCAGCCCCUGUUUGGGUUCAUAUGUAGUUGAAAUCAAGAAACAAAAAAAAUUUCAGCCUCUAUGAAAUGUUGUUAGGGCACAAUUAAUAUACAAUUUAAAAAUUCUACUAUGCAUAGAGAGAGAGAGAGAGAGAGAGUUUAUAUACAACCAACCAGUACAGUACUGCAAGCUGUCCCAAUCAUGUCUGGCAGGCAUAUUUUUACAGUUCAUAUUGUUCAAUAGAAAUUGUGGAAAGAUAAAUACAAAA